UCUCAGUCCGGCAUGACUAGUCUGUGGAUGAAAGGUUAUGUUUCAACAAAUUUAUUAAGAUUAUUAUAUUUUAUAAUUAAAAAUAAUUUAUAAAUUGUCAAGAUUGUAGAGGUGAUUAUCAUGACAACUAUACGAAUAAGAAAACCGAUGAACGUAACACUUAGAUUAAUACAAGUAUGCAAACGUUUUGUGAACACUGAAGCAAAGUGUCAAGACAGACCACAGUGGAUAAAACCAGUUGGACAUCAAACUGAAAUAUCUAUAUAUAAUCCAAUAACAAAAUGCAAAGUGCCACUGAUUCUGAAAACAGAGAACGUUUUGAAAUGGUAUAUGUGUGGGCCUACAGUCUACGACUCAGCGCAUAUUGGACAUGCAACCACUUACAUAAAAUCAGAUAUCAUUCGUCGAAUUUUGUCGAAUUAUUUUAACAUAGAUGUGUUAUUGGUUAUGGGUAUAACUGAUAUCGAUGACAAAAUAAUAAAACGUUCCAAUGAGAGUAAAAUGGAUUUCAUAUCUUUAUCAAGACAUUUUGAGACUGAAUUUUUAGCAGACAUGAAUAAGUUAAAUAUUCGUGAACCUUAUUUAUACUGUAGAGUUACAGAUUACGUACCACAGAUCAUUGAAUUUGUGGAAAAGCUUAUAGCCAAUGGAUAUGGUUAUAUUACAAAGAAUGGAUCCGUUUAUUUUGAUACAAGCAAGUAUAAUAAUUAUGGUAAAUUACAAAUCCCUUGUCCUGAUGUCGCAAAAAGCCAGCACGAGGAUAAAAGGUCAGCAUUAGACUUUGCUUUGUGGAAAACAGCAAAAAGUAACGAACCAUCUUGGAAAUGUCCAUGGGGCCACGGUAGACCAGGAUGGCACAUAGAAUGCAGUGCAAUUGCAAGCGCAGUCUUCGGGAAUUCUGUAGAUAUGCACAGUGGUGGAAUAGAUUUGGCUUUUCCACAUCAUGAAAAUGAGGAAGCGCAAUCUUGCUGCUAUCAUAAUACCAACCAAUGGGUCAAUUACUGGCUACACUGUGGACAUUUAAAUCUGAAAGAUAUAAAGAUGUCCAAGAGUCUGAGGAACACCAUAACUAUUCAGGAAUAUCUCGAAAAAUAUUCGGCAAACCAUCUUAGAAUGCUUUGCCUGCUUUCUCAUUAUCGAAACGGCAUUGAAUUCUCAGAGGAAGUCAUGCAAAAUGCAGUGGAAAUAACCAAGAAACUUGAUAACUUUAUAAAUGACUGUGAUAAUUACGUUGCUGGCAAAUUUAAAGGUGGUGAAAUAGAUGAAAAUCUUUUGUUUACGACUUUGCAUGAAACAAGAAGUACAGUUUGCUCAGCGCUGGCGGACGAUUUUGAUACUUCAAGGGCAAUGCAUACCAUUAUAAAUCUUGUUGGUGUAGGAAAUAAAAUGCUUCAUCAAAAUAAUGCAACAUCUCAAAAUCAUGGCAUAAGCGCCAUUGCCGCUGUUUCAAAUUAUGUUUCCAAUGUUCUUACGAAAUUUGGUAUUGUACGAUCUACAAUGGCAACGAUAGAAAAUCGACAAAUCAAAGACAUUCUUGAUAAUUUUCUGGACUUCAGGAAUGCCGUCAGAAUCAGAGCACUUCAGCAAAAUCCAAAAGACAAAACUUUAUUAAAAGAAUGUGAUAAAGCACGAAAAUGUUUAUCCACUUGUGGAAUUAUAGUGAAGGUGAAAACUUUUAUACAAUACAUAUGCUCAUAUUUAAGACCAUGUUUAUAAGAAAAUUGAUUUAUAUCAUUAAUUACAGGAUCAAGAAGGCAUCAGCAGUUGGAGUUGGAAAUAGCGUGUAAAAUAAUUCUCAACGCGUCUUCAAUAAAAAUGUAUAAAAAUCA